AUGGAUGAUUAUUUAUAUAAUAACUAUAUGAAUGAAUUACAAACAACGAGCACAUCUUAUAAUAACAUUAAUGAUAAGGAUAUAAUAGAAAACGAAAAUAUUAAUGAUAUGAUUAUAUAUGACAACAUAAGUCAUAAAAUAAAAUCGUUUUAUGAUUCUUAUGAUAAUGAAAAGAGUAGCUGUAGUAGUAGUAGUAGUAAUGCCCCAGGUAGAGGUGUGAGUACAAAAAAAUUUAAGUUAGUAGAAGGUAAGGUAGUGGACUCCCAUAACAGUUACAGCAAUAUUGGCGAAAGUAGUAUUAGCCAAAGUAGUAGUAAUAGUGAUAAUCGCAUGGAGGACAGUAGCAAGAACAUGCAUACGUUCAAAGCGAAUGUAAAAAACAGUAGCAGUGAUGGUUAUAAUGAAGAACUAUCGGUACAAAGUAACUAUGCAUGUAAUGUAAAUGAUACAAAAAGUAAUAGAAAUGGUAGUAGUAGUAGUAGUAGUACUACUACUAGUACUAGUAGAUGUCUCUUGAAUAAUUUGCACAAGGAAGAAUUUUCGUCAAAUGUUGUACUAGGUAGUAACAUUCAAAUGAAUAAUAGCAGUGUAGAGAGUGUUAAUGUUAAUGUUAAUGUUAAUGUUGGUGGUGAUAGUACGAAGAGCAAUGGGAUUUAUAAUAAUAAUUUGGAAAAUGGAGGAGGUAGUAAUAUUAAUGCAGUAGCAAAUAUACAAAACAUGGAGAACUUGAAGAAUAACCAAGGUGUUGCAGAGAAUGACAACAUCCAUUACGGAGAUUUAGAUUUAGAUGGGAAUAAUAAUGCAAAUACUAUUCCUGAGGGGGUUCUAGAGUAUUUGAACUAUUAUCGUGAGUAUGACAACAGUGGAAAUGACUUGAACGAAAGCGGAUUUAACAAUGGAGGUAUUAAUGAUGGUCGUUAUGCAGGAGGAGUGGUUCAUAGUGAAUCCUUUUUAGAAACACAAGGAAUGCUACAAAACGAGAUGAGCAGCGUAAGCAGUAGUAGUGGUAUUAUGAACAGUUGCAUGAAGAACAAUAAGAAAAAUUUUCAUCGUGUUCGAAAUAAACAUAUGCCUGAUGGAGAAGUAGCAUCAUCAGGUGUAGAACAAGAUUUGGUUAUUAUGCAAAGAAAUCAGAUGAGUAAUAAUAAUAAUAAUAAUAAUAAUGUAGCAACAACAUCCACUACAACAUCAACCACAUCAACGAGUAAGAGUGCAAAGUAUUUUGACCCUUUACACCGUCAGAACAGCAACAGCACUUUUGUAAAUAGCGAGUUUAGUAACCACUUGGAGGAGGAAGAUGGUUGGAACAAGACCAACAACCACAGUAGUAGUAGCAGCAGGCAUAGUAGUAAUAACACGGGGAACAUAGGAAGUGGUAAUGCUGGCGGUACUAACACAGGCAGUACUAACAUAAACGUUAAUAUGAUUUGUAAUAAUGCCAGUGCAACGAAUAUGUAUGAUCAUUUUUAUGAUAAAAACAAUGUUAACAAAGACAUGUAUGCUAACAUGCACAAGGUUAAUAAACAUGUUCAGGGAAGCGAGCAUUAUAAUUUUCCUAAUAAACAAGAUCGUCAGUAUAACAGUAAUAUUAUGUACAACAUGAAUAGUAACCUUAUGGAUGGUGGUGUUUCUACACAAACAAGUUAUUUCCACCAGAGUACAACUAGCCUAAGUGAUAUGUACAAGGACAGUGAGAAGACUGAAAGGAAAGAGGUGAAGAGAGGAAGGAAAAAGGGUAUAUUCAAAAAAGAAGAAGAAAAUGAUGAUAGUAACAAUGAUAGUAAUAAUGAUAGUAAUAAUGACAAAAACAAUGAUAAUAAUAGUAAUAAUAAUAGUAAUAGUAAUAGUAAUAGUAAUAGUAAUAGUAAUAGUAAUAGUAAUAGUAAUAGUAAUAGUAAUAGUAAUAGUAAUAGUAAUAGUAAUAGUAAUAGUAAUAGUAAUAGUAAUAGUAAUAAUAGUAAUAGUAAUAGUAAUAGUAAUAGUAAUAGUAAUAGUAAUAGUAAUAGUAAUAGUAAUAGUAAUAGUAAUAGUAAUAGUAAUAGUAAUAGUAACAUGCAAACAAAUGUAGCUGAGCAAAAUCAAAAGGAUGAAAAUUUGGGAAGCUGCAAAAAUGGCGAAGCAGGAGAAGAAAUCGUUAUUCGUAAUAGCUUCACCUCCUUUAAUGCAUCUUCUAUAUGUUACAUGACCAACAAAGGAUAUAAUUUUAAUCUGAGUAUACGAAAGAAUUAUAUAAAAUAUAGACACAAUUAUUAUCGUAACAAGAAGUUAUGGUAUAAAUUAAAUAUGAAAAGGUGUUGUUCAGUCAUGGUGGAUAAUCAAAUGGGGUCAUCUAAUCAAAUGGAGGCUACUGAUUAUGUAUGCCUUGAUGUGCUUAAGUGUUAUCCGGAAAAGAAGGGAAGCAGUAAUAACAAUGAUGGUUGUAGUAUCGAUUAUGGCAACAAUAGUAGAAGUAAUAGCAAUAAUGACGAUAAUAUUAAUAAUAGCGAUAAUAUUAAUAAUGGAGAUAAUUUUAAUAAUGGAGAUAAUUUUAAUAAUGGAGAUAAUUUUAAUAAUGGAGAUAAUUUUAAUAAUGGAGAUAAUUUUAAUAAUGGCGAUAAUAUUAACAAUGGCGAUAAUAUUAACAAUGGCGAUAAUAUUAACAAUGGCGAUAAUAUUAACAAUGGCGAUAAUAUUAACAAUGGCGAUAAUAUUAACAAUGGCGAUAAUAUUAACAAUGGCGAUAAUAUUAAUAAUGGCGAUUAUAUUAAUAAUGGCGAUAACCCGUGUGAUAAUAUGUGCAAUAGCGUUUACAAUAGCGCGUACAGCUGCAAUGAUAACAAAGAGAACAUAUACAAUGAAGGAAAUGAAGAAGAGGAGGAAGGAGGGGGCAUAUCACUCAUAGUUAGUGGUGAUAAGAAGAAAAAUAGCAAUAGAAGGGGUAGGAGGAGAAAAAGAGGUAGAAAAAAGAAAAUUAAUAAUUUGGUGGUAGGUGCAGGAGAAGUAGAAGUAGCAGGAACAGUAGCAGGAAAGGUAAGAGGACGAAGGGGAAGGAGAAGGAAAAGCACCAGCGCCUCUUCCCUACUUCGAACAAUGGAGGGACAAAUAGUAGACAGUAGUAGUAUUUAUAGUAACACCAAAGCAAAUUAUCAUUUUCCUCAUUUAAAUGCAGAAGAUUAUUAUUUAAAAAGGAAGGGUAAUAAUAAUGAUAUGUCGAACUAUAAUGCUUCAGCUCGGUUGUUAUGUAACAACAAUUUACAUGAAGAUGUAACAGACGAGAUUUAUAUAAACGAUUACCCUGGUGGGAACAAAACUGAUGAUGAUUGUGUAUAUAGAGAUAAUAAUAAAAGAAAAAAUAAAAGAAAAAAACGUAUAUAUAUAUGUAAAAAUAAGCAUUUUUGUAAAUAUCUUAGUGAUGAUGAUAUAACCUUUGAAAAUUAUUGUAGCUAUUUUUAUGAGAAUGUGGAAUGUGUAAAUGUAUAUAGUUACUUGCAUUAUUUUAAAAUAUUAAAUAAAAAAAAAUUAAAAGUAAAAAUUAAUAAUAUGCAACCCAAGCUAGACUUUAGUUAUGACUUUUUCCUAAGCUCCAUUUAUAAUACGAACAGUCAGAAGAGGGCCCGUGUUGUAACAGCUAGUAGUAACGUUAGCGGUAAUGUUAGUGGCAAUGUUAGUGGUAAUAUUCGCGUUAAGAAUGAGAAUAGCAGUGGAAGUAAUGGAAAUAAUAUUGACACGACGUUCGUUUUGGAUGAUAUGUGUAACAAUGAUGAGGAAUCAUUUAUUGAUGAACAAGAACUGAUUGAUGAUAACAAUAGUGAAUAUCAUGUAGAAGUGUAUAGGAUGAUGAUACACUUAAAUUACUUAUUCUCUGUUGAUGAUUUCGUUCUGAUAACAUGCUAUGAAAAGAUAUUCAAAUAUAAACAAAUAAAAACAGAAUUCAUUAUCUGCUUUAGAGAAGUUUUAUUUAAUUGUAGAGAUCGAUUUGAAGAUGAUUCUUCUUAUAACAAUCUUAUAAAAGGAAGAUUGUCUUACGAUUUUAAUUAUGAAGAGGAAGAAAAUUAUGAACAGGGAAAUAACAAUAACAAUGUUAGCGACAUUAACAAUAUUAGGGGAAUUAACCAUGCAACUAUUGUAGAAGAUGAGGAAGAUAUUGAAGAAGAUAUAAUGCAGUACAAUAAUAAUAGCUGUGUUGAUGAGGAAAUGAUACCACAUAUAACAGUGAACGGUGUAACAAGGGAAGGUGGAGGUGGAGGAGGAGUACUAAGCAGUGGCAGCAGUAGUGGUAGACGUAUGAAAAGUAGAUAUGGUGAAGAAGGAGUAGAGGGGAGUAGUAGUAUUGGUCCCUUGAGCAGAUCCGCAAAUAUACAUAAAAGAGGAGGAGGAGGAAGAAGUGCCAGUGGUGGUAGUAAUAUGAUGCAUGGAAAUAAUAAAAUGAAAAAUAGCUCAAUUAGUAAUAAUAGUGGUAGUAGUAGUAAAGGAUAUUCAUUAAGAAAGAAAGGGAUACAUGGGGAAAGAUUAAGUUAUAGUAAUUUUGAACAAAGAUGUAACAACAAGUAUUACACGGGAGCAGAAAUAGCAGCCGCUUCAUCGGGUAUUGGUAGAAAGAGAAAAAAGAUGAAUAACAGCCAUAUCGAACAACAGCAACAGCAUCAUCAUCUUCAACACCAACAGCAGCAACAGCAACAGCAACAGCAUCAUCAUCUUCAACACCAACAGCAGCAACAACAGCACCAUCAUCUGCAACAUUAUCAUCAUCUUCAGCAGCACCAUCAACCGCACAAUCAUCAACAACAUCAUAUGCAUAACUAUGAAGGAGAUGAUAUGGAUGAGAUGAGUAUGGAGCGAAUGGGGCAUCAUAUGCGCGCGGGGAAUGGUAUGAAUAAUAUGAAUAACGACAAUUGUAAUGGUAAUAGUAAUAAUAAUAGUAGUAACAAUAAUAGUAAUAGUAAUAGUAAUAAUAACAGUAACAAUAACAGUAACAGUAACAGCUUGGAGCAUAUGAAUGGCUUUGUUUUUGAUGAGCAGCAUUAUAUUAACAAUAUUUACAUUAAGGACGAACUGAAAGAUUCCAGUCAUAAUUAUGUAUAUGAUAUUAACGCAAUGGGAGAAAGGAAAGAUGAUAAUAUGGGGUUUCAUAUGGAUCAUGAUAAUAACCAACACAAUGAUUAUAAUGAUAUCGUAGUAGACAUUAAGGAUGAAAUGUCUAUGGAUAUAAACGACACUACAUUAAGAUUAACAAGUUUAGAUGUAGAAGGAGCAAAAAGUUUGACUGAGAAUAUGUUAUUGAAUAAUAAUUGUAGCAGUACUAUUGGUAUGGGUAUUAACAACUUAUCGACAAUUGAUACGACUCUCUUAGGAUUGGAACCAAAAAUUAGAAGUAAGAGUAAACAUAAAACAGAAGGAAAAGAAAAAGUUAAAAGAAGAAGAAGAAAUCAUUUUAAUAAAAAUAGUCUUGAUAUGGCAAGAGCAUAUGGGGAUAUGAUGAAUGACAGUAGUAAUAAUUUUAUGUACAAAAAUUUCGUUAUGCAAAAAAAAGCAAAUAACUGCUCUUAUUUAAAUUUUAAUGAAAUAAAAGAACAUUUAAAAGAUCUGAACGUUUUGAAAAGUGGAGCUAACUGGAAAACUUACAAAAUGGAAGAUUUACCUAAUGAGUUAUAUAAAAAUAUUAGACCAAUAAAUCAAAGAGUUACAGGCUUUAAAACUGUUUUACUAGUUGAUGAGUUAUUUGAAAAAUUAUGGGAGUUUCCUAACACUGAUAUUAUAAAAGUUAGAACCGUUACCAGGGGCGACCAGUUCAUAGGGGAUAUUAGAAUUGAUUUCUACUACAGACAGAGUGAGAGGACCUUGUGUCGUGCUUGUGGAAGGCAUAUCCUGAAGCAGAAGUUUGCAACCGAGCAUUACCAGAGAAAUAUAAAUUGCUGGAAGGAGGUCAUGUGGAGAUUAGGUAUUCCCGAGUUGCACUAUUACAACACAGUCAAAAAUGAUUUCUUCGAUUCGCGCAUUAUGAACACGGAGAACAACAAUGAGCAGGUGCUUCUGGAGAGAACGUUGAUAUUGUACAACCAGGAGAUGAUUAAGAAAGCGACAGAUUUUGUAAAUGAAGAGUUAAAAUAUUAUGAAGAGAAUGUGAUAAGUAAGCCUCGAAAGAAUAAAGCAAAUAACUGCUUUGAGUUGGAUAUAUUAAUUUUGGAUGACAACAAUAUUAUACUUCCAACGGUAAAAAAUGAACUGGAUGAGCCGUAUUUUGAAAUUUCUGGUAUAUAUCCAAACAAUGGUUUUCCAGAUGAAAAUUAUUCCAAAAAUUUUUGUUUUAUAAAGAUAACGUUUAACAAAUUAGGUGGAAUGGUAUUAAGGGAUUUGUUUACACUCGAAUGCGAAUUUUUGGUUGACUGGGGCGAUAAUUUAUUAAUACAAGCAAAGAAAUAUACGCUGCAUGAGGUAUAUAAUACUGCAGAUUCGUAUGAUAUAAAUUUAAGAAAUUUAUAUGAUCAAGGUUUUGCAUAUUUACGAUGUAAUAUACCACAAAAGAGUAAUGGAAAAGUAAAUUUGAAAGUUCGAAUUCCUAAGACCGUGUGGCAUUAUUGGGAAGCAAUAGCUGAUGAGACGUUAAAAAUAAAUUAUGAAUUUCUUGAUAAGCAUAAUGUACAUAGGCAAUUAUUAUUUUGUUCGUAUUUAGAUAAUAUAAAUAAACAUUUUACUGCAUAUGUAAAGAGCUCCUCAAAAAAUAGUACAAAUAGUAAUAAUAAUAUGUUUGAUAUGACAAGUAGUAAUGAAAAUUUUAAUGAAAAUAAUAGUACUAGUAAUCAUGAUCAUCAUCACCACCACCAUCAUAUGGCUAUGAGUAAUCAUAAUAAUUCCCCUGAGUAUUUAAAAUUGGAGGAUGAGUAUACACAUAGGGUAAUACCACCAUUUGUUGAAAGUUGUACGAAAAAAUCGAAAAUGAGUAAUAAUAAUAGUAAUAAUAAUGGAAGUAGAAAUAAUAAUAAUAAUAAUCAUAAUAAUAAUAAUAAUAAUAAUCAUAAUAAUAGUAAUAGUAAUAAUCAUAAUAAUAAUAAUCAUAAUAAUAAUAAUCAUAAUAAUAAUAAUCAUAAUAAUAAUAAUCAUAAUAAUAAUAAUCAUAAUAAUAAUCAUAAUAAUAAUCAUAAUAAUAAUCAUAAUAAUAAUCAUAAUAAUAAUCAUAAUAAUAAUCAUAAUAAUCAUAAUAAUCAUAAUAGUAAUAAUAGUAAUAAUAGUAAUAACGGAAGUAGUAAUCAUAAUCAUAAUAAUAAUCAAAAUAACAGUAAUAAUAGUACCUCAUCUGACCAUAUGAGUAAUAACAAAGUGCAUUCAUAUAAUUACAGCUCACCCAAAUCAGAGAUUAAUAAUAAUAGUUUAAACAACAUAAAUAAUCGUGUAAUGUAUAGUCCCAAUAAUAAUAACUCAUAUAAUAAUAUAGAUUUUUCUCUUAUGAACAGUAUUUCUUAUCAGAAUUUUCAGAAUUAUAAUAUUGGUAAUUUGGCAAACGAUUCAGACACAAAAUGCUCCAAGAACUACGACCAGUACGGCGCUCACCUAGAGUUGAACUACUGA